AGUGGCGGAGAGAAGAAGCCGAAACAGGCUAAUAGCGACUUAAAGAAUCCACCCAUAUGCCUGGUUACACGCGAACAAUUUCAGCUAAAUCAUCCGCCUGAAAGUGUGUAAAGUGCUGGUGUUUGCGGUAGCGGGACAGCGCGGGUGGUGUUUGGGAAUAUGGACGAUGAGUACCAGUACACACGGAGCCCUGCCUGGGAAGAACUGGAGCCUCGCGGAGCGGCCGCCACUCAGCACAGCAGCGCGGGGUCCGGGGCCGCCGGGGGAUCGGGAGCUGGAGACGAGUCGUCGGACAGCGAGGGCGAGCAGGAAGGGCCGCAGAAGCUCAUCAGGAAAGUGUCCACGUCCGGACAAAUCCGGAGCAAGACAAGUGUGAAGGAAGGCCUGCUCCUAAAACAGACCAGCUCUUUCCAGCGAUGGAAAAAAAGAUACUUCAAACUCCGAGGCCGGACGCUUUACUAUGCCAAGGACGCCAAGACGGGUGGCGUGCUGGCCCGCUGGCAGUACCGUGUCUCACGUAGCCGCGUGUGUUGGAGGGUUCUGUCCGUGUGCUGGUCCGGUGCUCGCCUGCCACCUCCCGCUCUGGGUGCCAGCGGAUCGGAGGAAGGUUUGGUGGCGAUUCGGUCCCUUAUCUUCGACGAGGUGGACCUCUCGGAUGCCAGUGUUGCCGAAUCGAGCACAAAGAAUGUCAACAACAGUUUCACGGUAAUUACUCCGUUUCGAAGGCUCAUUCUCUGUGCGGAGAACAGAAAAGAGAUGGAGGACUGGAUCAGUUCUUUGAAGUCGGUUCAGUCUAGAGAGCAUUACGAGACGGCACAGUUUAAUGUGGAACAUUUCUCAGGGAUGCACAACUGGUAUGCCUGUUCCCAUGCUCGCCCAACCUUCUGCAACGUCUGCCGUGACAGCCUCUCAGGGGUCACUUCUCAUGGCCUCUCCUGUGAAGUGUGUAAAUUCAAAGCCCACAAAAGGUGUGCCGUCAGGGCCACUAAUAAUUGUAAAUGGACCACCCUGGCGUCUAUUGGGAGAGACAUCAUUGAGGAUGAGGAUGGGAUUGCAAUGCCACAUCAGUGGCUAGAGGGCAACCUUCCAGUCAGCGCCAAAUGUGCAGUGUGUGACAAAACGUGCGGUAGUGUACUGCGUUUGCAAGACUGGCGCUGUCUAUGGUGCAAAGCUAUGGUACACACAGCCUGCAUGGACCUCUACCCUCGCAAGUGUCCCCUGGGCCAGUGCAAAGUGUCCAUCAUCCCUCCCACCGCCCUCAACAGUAUUGACUCUGAUGGCUUUUGGAAAGCCACCUGUCCCCCAUCAUGUGCCAGUCCACUUCUUGUUUUUGUUAAUUCCAAAAGUGGAGACAACCAAGGAGUGAAAUUUCUGCGCCGCUUCAAACAGCUGCUCAACCCCGCUCAGGUCUUUGACCUCAUCAAUGGUGGACCUCAUUUAGGGCUACGCUUAUUUCAGAAGUUUGACAACUUCCGAAUACUUGUAUGUGGAGGAGAUGGCAGCGUCGGGUGGGUCCUGUCAGAAAUUGACAAACUCAACCUUCACAAACAGUGCCAGCUGGGCGUGUUGCCCCUAGGCACGGGAAACGACUUAGCACGUGUGCUCGGCUGGGGGCCUUCAUGUGAUGAUGACACACAGCUUCCUCAGAUACUGGAGAAACUGGAGCGAGCCAGCACCAAGAUGCUGGAUAGGUGGAGUAUAAUGACGUAUGAGAUUAAAAUACCUCCCAAACACAGCUGUCCUGCCACACCUGAAGAGGCAGAGGACUGCCAGUUUCAGAUAUCAGAUUAUGAGGACUCAGUUGCUACUCAUCUCACAAAGAUCCUCAACUCAGAUCAGAAUUCAGUUGUCAUAUCCUCAGCAAAGAUCCUGUGUGAAACAGUGAAGGACUUUGUUGCCAAAGUUGGGAAGUCUUAUGAAAAAAGCCCUGAGAACACAGAGGAAGCUGAAAGCAUGGCUGUUAAAUGUGCAGUCUUGAAUGAGAAGCUAGAUUCACUCCUGCAGACCCUGAACACAGAGGCUCAGGCCAUGAGUCCUCCUUCUCUCACCACCCCCCCUAUUGUAGAAGAGGAGCUGGAGGAAGAGGAGCUGGAGGAGGAGGAUCUCAGUGAGGAGUCUCUGACUGAGCUGAAGGAGAAAAUGGAGGAGAACGUAACGGAGAAGGAUUCUCCACACAAGCUUUUCAGGCCACGUGAGCAGCUCAUGCUGCGUGCAAACAGCUUGAAAAAAGCAGUCAGGCAGAUCAUCGAGCAGGCUGAGAAAAUGGUGGAUGAACAGAAUGCUCAUACAGAUGAACAAGACCUGCAGUCUCCUACAGACAUCAAAAAGGACAUGGAAGAGGAAAACAAGGACAGUGAAAAGGAUGAGGACACUAAAGAGCUGGAGAGUCUGCCGUCGGCGAAGUCACCCUGUUCACCUACCGAGAGGCGUGUGAGUCGCAGCACACAGUCCUGUGGCUCUUUCUCCAUUCCUCCCUUUACUACAAGUAAAGAGAAUCUGCCUGUCCUGAACACUCGCAUCAUCUGUCCAGGCUUGCGUGCAGGACUUGCUGCCUCUAUAGCUGGAAGCUCCAUCAUCAGCAAGAUGUUACUUGCUAACAUUGACCCAUUUGGUGCCACACCUUUCAUUGACCCUGACCCAGAUUCAUUAGAGGGGUAUUUGGAAAAGUGCGUCAUGAACAAUUACUUUGGAAUCGGCUUGGAUGCCAAGAUCUCACUGGAGUUUAACAACAAGCGUGAAGAACAUCCUGAGAAAUGCAGGAGUCGCACCAAAAAUAUGAUGUGGUACGGAGUCUUAGGAACUAAGGAGCUACUUCAGAGGACCUACAAGAACUUGGAGCAAAAAGUUCAGUUAGAGUGUGAUGGACAGUACAUCCCGCUCCCCAGCCUCCAAGGAAUUGCUGUGCUGAACAUCCCUAGCUAUGCAGGCGGGACCAACUUCUGGGGCGGGACCAAAGAGGAUGACAUAUUCUGUGCUCCAUCAUUUGAUGAUAAAAUCUUGGAGGUAGUGGCUGUGUUCGGGAGUAUGCAAAUGGCAGUGUCCAGAGUGAUCAAGCUUCAGCACCAUCGUAUUGCACAGUGUCGCACAGUGAAGAUUACCAUCCUGGGAGAUGAAGGUGUGCCUAUUCAAGUGGAUGGUGAAGCAUGGAUCCAGCCCCCCGGUGUUAUUAAGAUUCAGCACAAGAAUAGAGCCCAGAUGCUGACCAGAGAUAGGGCGUUCGAAAAUACACUGAAGUCCUGGGAGGACAAGCUGAAGUAUGACAAGCCUCCUCUGAGGCCACACCUGUACUCUCAGCACUCUGUAGAUCUAGCCACUGAGGAAGAAGCUGCGCUUGUUCAGAUGUGUGCACGUGCAGCAGAGGAGCUCAUCACCAGGAUCUGUGAGGCAGCCAAGACAAAUGGACUUCUUGAACAAGAGCUUGCUCAUGCUGUUAAUGCUGCAUCUCACGCCAUCAACAAAACUCACCCCAAGUUCCCUGAGAGUCUGACCAGGAACACAGCAAUUGAGGUGACCAGCACGGUGAAGGCACUGCAUAAUGAGACUGAGUCACUUUUAGUGGGACGAGUGUCUUUGCAACUGGACCCCCCUGAUGAGGAGAUACUGUCCAGUGCUUUGCAGUGUGUUGAGGUGGAGUUGGGCAAGCUGACUGAGAUCCCAUGGCUUUACUACAUUCUCCAGCCCAAUGAUGAGGAGGACCACUCUCUGGACUAUGGCAAGAGAAACAGUCGAAGUGGCAUGUUCCGUAUUGUGCCAAAGUUCAAGAAAGAGAAAGCACUGAAGAAGUCUAGUCCACAGUCAGUUCAGAGGUGGGGCACUGAGGAGGUGGGCGCCUGGCUGGAGCAGCUCAGCUUGGGGGAAUACAAAGACACCUUCAUCCGCCACGACAUCCGCGGCUCCGAGCUCCUGCACCUGGAGAGGAGGGACCUGAAGGAUCUGGGGAUCUCGAAGGUGGGUCAUAUGAAGAGAAUUCUCCAGGGAACUAAAGAACUGGCCAAGAGCGCCAUGGUGGACCUGUGAGGCUCGAGGGGUCCUUUCCUUCAGCAGAAGUGAACAUUUUACAGAGCUGCAUUGUCUGGAUGAGCUCGGUAAUGAGGGGUUUCCUCCCCCGUGAUUUAGCAUAGCUUUAGAAUCCUGCGAAUGUGUUGCUUUAGUUUGAGUGCUGGUGCCAAAAGAAUUGUAGUGUUCAAAAUAUUUUCAGUUGGUUGUUAAAUUUAUUUUAAAAAAGCCAUUUCUUAUUGCAUUGAUGGCACAAUCAGGUAUGCAACUCUCAUUGCAGAGGCAACUUCUGGCAUCUUAAAAAGAAUCAAGUAGCAAAACAGGACUUCCAUAAAGUGCACACUGUGGGUGAAGCAAGGCCGGGUAAUAGCUCGCUGGCAUUUUGCCUUGUGGUGGAUGGCUACAAUAGGACGGAGACGUGAUGUGUCAGCAAUAUUCUUCUUUCGACAGCACUGUUUACAUUUUAAGGAGACAGGAAAAUGGCUGCUGAAGAGUUGCAUUGAAAUUGCAAUCCUAGAAAAUGUUUUUUCAGUCCAGAAGGAAAGAUGAGUAAGGGGUUUCCUAAAGCAGUGACUUUCUGAUGCAUGGUGAAUUUGCUUGAUUUUGGAUAUAUAUUUCACUGCAUGAUUAAUGUGGUUUUUUAUUGUACAAACUAACACUUGAACAAGUUUUAUAUGACUUUAGUAUGAUACCGUUUGUUACUACUGAAGCAUCCCUGUGGUCUUACUAGACUGCUGUUUCAUUACUAUAUCUUUGUUUGCAUGAGACUUCUGUGUCAAAGAGCAGUGUCUUGUACCAUAUUUAAUGUAAAAAUGUGCUUUAUUGUAAGACAUCUAUGAUUUAUAUUAAGAUAAGACAUUGAGUUAGACAGAAAUAUCAGCUCCUUAAAUUAUCAAUAAGGAACAAUACUACAUCGAAGUGACUACAAAAGUGAAUGUGCCCCAUUUUUUUGGAAAACAUCAUUUUUAGUUUGCAUUAGAAUGCAAAUUUAAUGAAUAAAAACAAACAAUUUAUCAUUUAAAUAUCAGAAUAUUAGGUUGAAAGUUCUUAUAAUAUUAUAACUUAUGAUAUAAUGUAGCCACUUUAGAUCUAUUUGGAACAUUUAGAUAUUUUACUUGCAAUAAGAAUCAUGUGGGGGUUUUUUUCUUCUUUUUUUUUUUCAUUAUAGAUUGCAGUUGAUCUGCAACUUUGCAUAAGUUUCUCAUAAUUUCCAUUUCUCAAAAUAGGGAUUAAAGUAUAUGUUUGCUAAGACACCCAGAACUAAAUUAUAUUCGAUGGCAUUACAGGGUAUACAAGUUUAAGUGAGGUUUUCCUUGGUUAUUAUAUGCACUGUAAAUAUGUUAAAACAGUCUCUACUGUUAAUUCCAGUUGUAAGGAACUGGUUUGUAUAGAUUAAUGCUAUAAUACCUUAUAUAGAGCUUUUAAAUUUGAUUGUGUAUAGUGCACCAUAAUACAGAUGUGAUUUCUAAUAAUGAUAAGUAAUCGCCUUUAUAUGUUAAGUGCUGUUGUAUUCUAUUGAAGGUGCAAUAUUGUAUUUAUUUUGAUACAUUUUCCUCUCUAUGAAGCUUUAUUAUGUGAGUUUUUCAUGGAAAACAAGAAAUCAGUUAAUGCACUCUCAUGUUAUUUUAGUUCUUUCAGUUCUUUUAGUUUACGCUAGGCUCAUGGACAUGCCGUAUUCCCUCCAAAUUCAUAAAAUCUUCCUUUAGCAAGUGGUUGGUUCUCUCUGUUUAAUUGUGCUUCCAGGUUAAUUCGCUAGACAACUGGAUGGACACACUAUGGAACUAGCAGAAUUCCCUGCUGUGCCUAUUUUAUUUUCAUUUUAACAAGAGAUUUUUACUCUCACUUUUUACCCUCAUGUCAUUUACAAUUUUUUGUGGGUUUCGCCUGGGGUUUACAUCAUAUUCAAAUUUUCCUGUAGGGGGUGUCAGAGUACUGAAUGUGGAUUAUACUGUAAAUGUUGCUGAUCCCAACAAAAUAUUUCGUAAUAGUAGAAUAAUAUAUAUUUUUCACAAAAUCUUUUUUUUUUCAUCAUGAUAUAUAAGGAUCCAUUAAAUUCAUAUGCAUUCUUAUAAAGACAACUUUAAAAGGAAAUUUAAAAGUUUUGAUUAAAUACUACAAUAACAACACAGCUGACUAUUAUGACACAUUAUAUGGCUGGCGUCCUCUUAUGAACUAACUCUUAACCAACUAUGUUCUAUUCAGAACCUCCAGAAUAAGUGUUUUAAUGUACCUACAGUACAGGAGAAGUGUAAGGCCUAUUAACACAGAGAAAACUGUUACUGGAUAAAGAGAAAUGGGAGGUCAAUUUUCAUUUUAUCCAUGGUUAUUUUGAAUAUUAUAAACUACACUUUCACACUAUGCUCUUAUCAAGGGUUAUUCAAGGGUUCUUUAGCUUUCUAAACAUUUUCUACUCUGAUCUUUUUUAAGGGAUCCCGUCUUUUAUAGGUUUCUGUGUAGAGCCUUUCCCACAGGGUCAAACCGAAGAACUCUUUAGGGUGCUAAUGGAACCUAAUGAAUUUUUUUUUUUUUAAAGCAUGUCACAUCUGAUUAUAGUGAAUGUGGUGUCAUUUUUUUUAUUUUAUUUUCAUGACAUAAACAGAUAUGCAUUGUCUUGGAAGGGAGUCAAAUACUAUUUUUAAAAGGACAAAGUGAUUUAACCCAUCUGAUCUGGAGUCAUUGCCAAUGAAUGAUGCAAGUACACAUCAUAAGCUGUGUGCAUUUCUUUGUAGAAAGAAAGUACAGUAGUGUUAACAAUGUGCGGUGCCAUAAAUGCUAACUGUUAGAAAAAAUGAUGUUAGAAAAACAAUUCCUGAAAUUAUUCAUGACCUCGGACUAUAGCAGCUCAGAAAAUUAUGGAAUUGAAAAAUGAAAGAUUUGGCCUUAGUGAUUUUAUCAUUUCUCAACUGUAGCAGGUUAAGUAACCUCAGAAUAACAGUGCCUCGUAUGUGGUUUCAUUUGCAUUAAUUUUCCCCAAGUGCAGUCUUCCUCUCAAACUGCAGUUCCUUCGUGUGCACACGUUCAUGCAGAUCGUGUCUCUGAGCAAGCUCUUUAGAGUGUAUCCACGAGACUGAGCAUGCUUUUAAAUAAGACUCCAGGCUCCUGUGAGCUUGGACUUAUCUAUAGAUGGUGUAAAUACAGCUGUAUACUGCCUGAUUUUGUCAAAACCAAUUCACAUGAGAAAUGUUUAGAGCAGGAGCGCUCUAGUGCAUAUCGCUGACAUGAUCGUAUAUGGGAAGUGCGAUGUGAGUUUCAUUUGUUUACAUUGUGUUUACAAUGGCACAGUUUUAUUUGUAAAACUAUGUGUAUAGCUAUAUACAACAUUUGCAUAUUUAUUAAGGUUAAACAAAUGACGUGUAUGUGUUUUCACCAUUGGGAUAUAAUGUUACAGUAGUCACUUGUAUUGAUAUCUGAAUGACCUUUUGGUAAAAUUAGUUGGUAAUUUUUAUGACUACUAAGUGACUGUUUUCUGUGCCUUUUUAUCGUAGGUGCAUGAUUAACUAUUUAUUACAAUAUGAAAGUCACUGAGAUGUGUAUUUUUGUAUCCUGAUUAAAUAAAUGUCUCAAUUUUGUUGUACAUUUUGAAGUGGUAAAAUGGUGCCACUUAAUAUCUUACUUCUUCAAUAAAACUGAAUGCAUACACAAUG